AUGAUUUGGUCGGCAGUCCCCAUCACCGCCGGGGGCAUUGUCUACACCAUUGGCUAUGCACUCAAGAUCGGUCCGGCUGGCGCCCCUGGUCCAAGCAUCAUCGCCACCAUUGGUGCUGCCGUGCUGCUGUAUGGACUCGUCAAUCGACUGCUCGUCAUUCAGGUUUCCAGACGAAGGCGUACCUUUCCUGGGUUCCUCCGGGUUGUGGCUAUAGACUUCAUUGUCGCUGGCUUCAUCAUCAUGAUGAUAUCGCUCGUAAUGGACUUUGUCAAGCUUUCGACACAGCCGCCGGAGCCCCUGCUCAGAGAUCAAGAGUGA